CCAUCAGUCCACACCAAUAUCCCCAAGGGGUGUCAGAGGAUGGUCCCAGACUCUGUUCAGUGGUGCCCCAGCGACAGGACAAGGAGCAAUGACCAUAAAAUGAAACACAACAAGUUCUCCCUCAACAUGAGGCAGAACUUCUUUCCAUGGAGGUGGCAAAGCCCGGAAAAGCUGCCCAGGGAGGGUGUGGAGUCUCCCUGUCUGGAGACAUCCCAAACCCACUUGGACAUGUCCCUUUGUCCCCUGCUGCAGGUGACCCUCCCUGAGCAGGGGGUUGGGCUGCGUGAUCUCCAGAGGACCCUUCCAACCCCAACCAUUCUGUGAUCCAGGAUGUCCCAUUUUGCAGGAACUGGAGCUCAGCAAAGGUUUGAUGAGCUGGUCAGGGCCAGGGUGCUGGUCCAUGUCACUGGGGCUUUGCUCCCAUAUUGGAUCGCUGGCACAGGCUGUGCCUCCUGGUGUUGCAAAAUGUGGAAUAUGUAGAGAUUAUCUUAAAUCAGGAUGUUCUUUGAUGUUUGAUCUUUGUAUUGUUUCCUGAUCAACAAGGAAGGAGACCUGGUCAGUGGGACAGGCAGCAGCUGCAUCCCUUAGGGAAGGACAUCCUGGAACCAACAAGCAUUCAGGGUGAAAUAAAGAUAUUGAUGUGUGCCUAUGUACACAUUGCUAAUUGGCAAAAUGCUCAAGGUCUGCGUAUCCUGUGGCUGAACUGUGUUCAUUAUAAUACUAAAACCCACAUCUACAGGCCAAAAAAGACUCAGCCCAAGUGCAGACCCUUCCCCUGAGCACAUGUAGAAGUUGGCUGGCGUUGUGUAACUUAUAUGCAAAUGACUAAUCGAUCCUGAUAGAGGGGCUGUGCUUGGGAAGUUACUAAUUCUGGAUUUCUAUGUAUAAAUGAUGGCACAGAAAGUCCAGUUGUUGUGCUGGAUUUGUGGAACACACUGCUAACCCGUGGCCUGUGAAGUUCUGAAAUAAAUAUUCAGUGUCUCUCAGGUGUGUAAUUAUUGGCUUGUUGCACACCAGAUGACAAAUCAGAUUUUGUGGACAACUCUGGCAGGUAGCAGGCUGAGCUCAUGGCCCAGGUGAUGGAGCUCAGGCAACUCCAGGCUUCUGAAUGUGGCACAAAAAGGAGCACAUCAACUGAAGGCAAUGAACCUUGUGAAAAGAAGCCCAAGGCACAACAAAUCACUCUAGAAGAUAUCUGUAACCCACUGAAGACUCAGGAUAAAAAAGAACCUCAGAAGCAUGAAAAGCCCUGUAUAUGUUUGCAAACUCUAGACAGACUGAGAGAAUUCAGCAGUGAUUCAGACCAGCGGUGUACCAGAAUCCAGGAUGGUUUUCAGGAGAAAGAGUCCGAGAGUUUGAAAAAAUGUCCCAGUAUUACUGGGAGAAGUUCAGAAUUGAAGAUCCCUCUUCCGUCUUGGGACACUGACCCAAAGGUUGCUCAGAAGGAGGAGGUACGAUGUGAUCUUAGUCAGUUUUCUGCAUCUCUUAAGUCCUAUGAAAAUACUCAGAAUGCUUUGGAUACAAAUCUUAAUAAAAGAACCAAAAGCAUUUACACUCCAUUAGAACUUCAGUUCAUAGAAAUGAAGAAACAGUAUAAAGAUGCUGUUUUGUGUGUGGAAUGUGGAUACAAAUACCGCUUCUUUGGAGAAGAUGCAGAGAUUGCAGCUAGAGAACUGAACAUCUAUUGCCACCUGGAUCACAACUUCAUGACUGCCAGUAUUCCGAGCCACCGGCUGUUCGUCCACGUGCGGCGCCUUGUGGCAAAGGGACAUAAGGUUGGAGUAAUAAAACAAAUGGAAACUGCAGCGCUGAAAGCUGCUGGAGAAAACAAAAGCUCUCUCUUCAGCCGUAAGCUGACUGCUCUCUACACUAAGUCUACACUUAUUGGAGAAGAUGUGAACCCUUUGCUGAAGCUGGAUGAUUCUGUAGAUGUUGAAGAGGUAACAAGAGAUGUCCCUGAUAACUACCUCCUCUGUUGCUGUGAAAAUGGAGAAAACCUAAGGGGCAGGAAGACAGGUGACAUUGUUAUAGGCAUUAUGGUGAUCCAACCAACUACUGGAGAAGUAAUUUUUGACUGUUUUCGGGACUCAGCGUCUCGCUCAGAAUUGGAGAGUCGAGUUUUGCGCCUGCAGCCAGUUGAAAUAAUUCUUCCAUCCAGGUUGUCAGAUCAAUCUGAAAAGCUCAUCAGCAGUAUAACCUCCAGGAGGUUACAGGAUGACAGAAUUAGGAUAGAAAGGAUGCAAAAUGUCAAUUUUGAAUACAGCCAUGCUUUCCAGCUGAUUACUGACUUCUAUGCAAAAGAAGUGCCUGGUACCACAGGUCCUCAAAAACUAUCUGUAAUACUAAGCUUGGAUAAGCCUGUUAUUUGCUCUCUGGCAGCAGUAAUUGCAUACCUCAAAGAAUUUAAUUUGGAAAGGAUGCUUUAUGAUCCAAGAAAUUUUAAACAGUUGUCCAGUGAAACUGAAUACAUGACAAUUAAUGGGACAACAAUGAAAAAUCUUGAAAUUUUGCAGAAUCAGAUGGACAUGAAAACAAAAGGAAGUCUACUCUGGGUCUUGAAUCAUACUAAAACUUCCUUUGGACGUCGAAGACUGAAGAAAUGGGUGACUCAGCCUCUCAUGAAAUCCAGUGAAAUAAAUGCCCGGCUUGAUGCUGUGUCUGAAAUUCUGCUGUCAGAAUCCAGCGUGUUUGGUCAGAUUCAAAAUCUUCUUUGUAAGCUGCCAGAUUUAGAGAGAGGCCUCUGCAGUGUUUUUCACAAAAAGUGCUCAACACAAGAGUUCUUCCUGAUUGUCAGCACCCUGUCUCGCCUGCACUUGGAAAUCCAAGCUCUUGUCCCAGUGCUGCAUUCCCAUGUGAAAUCUCCGCUAUUAAAAAGUGCACUGUUGGAAGUCCCGGAGCUUCUCUCUCCAGUAAAACAUUAUUUAAAGAUCCUUAAUGAAGAAGCAGCCAAGACUGGAGAUAAAACCCAGUUGUUCAAGGACCUUACAGACUUCCCUGUCAUCAGAAAGAAAAAGGAGGACAUCCAGGGUGUGCUUUCUAAAAUCCAAUUGCAUCUGCCAGACAUUCGUAAACAGAUUAAGAAUCCUUCUGCUGAGUAUGUUACAGUUUCAGGUCAAGAGUUUCUGAUAGAAGUCAAGAAUUCCCAUAAAUCAUCUGUGCCAUCUGACUGGGUUAUGAUUAGUAGCACAAAAGCUGUGAGCCGCUUCCACUCUCCUUUUAUCAUAGAAAAUUACAGGCAUCUGAAUCAGCUCCAGGAGAAGCUCAUCCUUGACUGCAGCGCUGAGUGGCUGAACUUCUUAGACCAUUUCAGUGAACAUUAUCACUCUGUGUCUAAAGCCAUUGGUCACCUAGCAACUGUUGACUGCCUGUUCUCUCUUGCCCUGGUGGCUAAACAAGGAGACUAUUGCAGACCAGUUGUGCAAGAUAAUCGGCAAGAAAUAAUUAUAAAAAAUGGGAGGCACCCUGUGAUUGAUGUACUCCUGGGAGAACAGGAUCAGUAUGUUCCAAAUACCACUAACCUUUCUGGAGAUGGUGAAAGGGUCAUGAUAAUAACUGGGCCUAACAUGGGAGGAAAGAGUUCCUACAUAAAGCAAGUGGCCUUGAUCACAGUCAUGGCACAGGUUGGUUCUUAUGUUCCUGCAGAGGAAGCGACAAUUGGAAUCGUGGAUGGUAUUUUUACCAGAAUGGGUGCAGCAGACAAUAUCUACAAAGGCCGAAGUACCUUCAUGGAAGAACUGACAGAUACUGCCGAGAUUAUAAGAAAAGCCACGCCAAGAUCCCUGGUGAUCCUGGAUGAGUUGGGCAGAGGGACAAGCACACACGAUGGAAUUGCCAUUGCUUAUGCUACACUUGAACACUUUAUUAGAGAUGUGGAGUCCCUGACCCUGUUUGUCACUCACUAUCCCUCGGUUUGUGAGCUGGAGAAACUGUAUCCAGACAAAGUUGGUAAUUACCACAUGGCUUUCCUGGUGAAUGAGGAGGAAACUGGUGAACAAAAAGGAUCUGAAGUUGAAGAGAAUCCUGAAUUUAUCACUUUUCUUUAUCAAAUAAUUAAAGGAAUCUCAGCAAGGAGUUAUGGGCUAAAUGUUGCCAAACUGGCAGAUAUUCCUGAAGAAAUCUUGAAGAAGGCAGCUCACAAAUCAAAGGAGUUGGAGAAAAUAGUGAAUAUGAAAAGAAAGAAAAUGAAGUGUUUUGCUGAAGCGUGGAAGAUAAAUGAUUCUCAGGAACUGCAGAAGUGGAAAAGUAUGUGUGAACCUGAAGAUGAAAGAAAGGACAGCUUUUAAUCCUCAGAUCAUGGUUAAAGAUGGAAGAUAUUGGAGGUGCAAAAUAUAGGUCUGGAGAGUAAUGGAUUCUAUCAGGGUGUAGUUCUGGUGCACUAAGUUGACUUUUUUGCCUUCUGAGAGAUAAGAGAUGCUGCAUUGUGUGUAAUUUUUCUCUCUCCACAUUCCUUCCAUUUUCACCCUUCUUCUUAAUUGCAAGAUGUCUACUGGCAUUGGAUCUAAUACAUUUAGAAAAUAUGAAAAAAAAUACUGAUAAAUUAUUAGGUAAAUAUUUUAUAAAUAAAAUAAUGUGUUUCAUCUUUAUUGUACUUCAAUUUCUA